GAGAGCAGAACCAGAAACACACACACAAAAACACACACCGAGCAGAAACCGUUAACAACAAAAAACUGGAGGACGAGGCGAGACGGCUGAGUCACUACUGGUGAGGAGGAAGGUCUGGAGAGGGAACGAGAGAGGAGGUGGAGGAGGAGGAGGAGGGGGAGAAGAAGAAGAAGAAGAAGGCAGGGAGAUAAGCAACAACAGGAAGCAAAGCGACACACACACACACACACCUCGUGUUUGUGUGCCUGAGAGAGAGACUGCGCGAUCGAGAGGGUGAACAGGAAAGGAAGGGAGGGAGAGUGACGCGGAGGCUGGGAGAGCCGCCCCCCCCUCCUCCUCCUCUACUCCUCUCUCCUCUUCUCCUCCCCUCCUCCCUCUCUCUCUCUCUGUGGAGCAGGCGUGUAGCGGCAUCACACUCGGCGUGAAGGAACCAUGAGCGAUGUCACCAUCGUUAGAGAGGGAUGGCUCCAAAAACGGGGUGAAUACAUAAAGAACUGGCGGCCGCGUUACUUCCUUCUGAAGACAGACGGCUCCUUCAUCGGCUACAAAGAGAAACCUCAGGAUGCAGACCUGCCCUACCCUCUAAAUAACUUCUCUGUUGCAAAAUGUCAGCUGAUGAAGACAGAGAGGCCGAAGCCGAACACCUUCAUCAUUCGCUGCCUCCAGUGGACCACCGUCAUCGAGAGGACCUUCCACGUGGACUUGCCUGAUGAGAGAGAUGAGUGGACAGAGGCCAUCCAGAUGGUGGCCGACAAGCUGCAGAGACAAGAGGAGGAAAGGAUCCAGUGCAGCCCCAACACCAACAUCGACAACAUGGUGGAGGAGGAGAUGGACAUCUCCACCACGCACCACAAACGCAAGACAAUGAGCGACUUCGACUACCUGAAGCUGCUUGGAAAGGGAACCUUCGGUAAAGUGAUUCUCGUGCGGGAAAAGGCCAGCGGUAAAUACUACGCCAUGAAGAUCCUUAAAAAAGAAGUCAUCAUAGCCAAGGAUGAAGUGGCUCACACACUCACAGAGAGCAGAGUACUGAAAAACACCAGACACCCCUUCCUCACUUCAUUGAAGUAUUCAUUCCAGACUAAAGACCGCCUCUGUUUCGUCAUGGAGUAUGUGAAUGGAGGAGAGCUGUUUUUCCAUUUGUCCAGAGAGCGGGUGUUUUCAGAGGAGCGCACGCGCUUCUACGGUGCCGAGAUCGUUUCGGCUCUCGACUACCUGCAUUCAGCCAAGAUUGUGUACCGGGACCUCAAGUUGGAGAACCUGAUGCUGGAUAAAGACGGGCAUAUCAAAAUCACAGAUUUCGGCCUCUGCAAGGAGGGCAUCACAGACGCUGCUACCAUGAAAACCUUCUGUGGCACGCCCGAGUACCUUGCUCCUGAGUCAUCCGCUGUCCAGCCAACAGCGCUGCUUCACUCGAAGGCCGCAGCGAGCUGGCGAGGUGUUGCAGGACUGUGGGUGGUGGAGACAGAGCGAUGUAGAUGUGGAGAUGAAGGCAGCAGUGGAGAGGCAUAG